UUUACCGUCUGUGAUCGGGCUCGCGCUAAUCUCGUUACUCUGUGAUCGUGGUUUUGGGACGUCGCUGUUGCUUUUCGCCAUUUCUCACGAGACAAUUACUCACGACUAAGGGAAAAUGAGCGGCUGGAGGCAAGCCGGUUUAAAUUACAUCAACUACUCGAACAUCGCCGCCAAACUGCUCAGGCAGGCCCUGAAAUCGGACCUGAGGGUGGAGGCGCAGAAACGCGACGCGACCGCAAUCAAAGUGACGAAAUGGGAGAACGGCAAGCCGAUAAACGCUCAAGAAUAAGUUUUUCAGGAGACCGAAUAUUAGGGCUAGGACGUUAAGCGAGGAUGUAAAGGCGAAACUGUACCUUAUGUUAAUUUAAAGCGUAAAUAGAAGGUUUUAGUAUG